AAAAUAUUAUAACGUAACGUAAACGCAAUAUAAAAUAGCAUUAUAUAUCUAUUGAUGGGUUAGUGAACAACGCUAUAUUAAAAUAACUUGAUUUAGAUAACUCGAUUAGUUUUCGAUUUUGAACGAAUUAUCGAUGUGUACGGUCCCUCACAUCCAUUCAUUUUUAGUCUGUGGUCGAAGUAUCGUCUCUGCACAACACUAAAGAAAUUAAAGCAUUAAAGAAUGCGAAACGUCAAAAUUAGCAUUUUAGUUUUCUCUGUGGAUCUUAAUCUUUGUUUUCAUUUAGUUUUUAUUAAAAAUUUUGAUUAAAUCAUGGAUAAAUUCAAUAAAUAUUACAUCUAUAUUUUACUUAAGAUGUUGUUCGUGGACCACAAGGCGUUUGUGCGUAUUUUUAACUGAUUUAUCAUCGGAAAUAGUGUUAACGAAGUUACAUGUUGGCGAAAAGAGCUUAACUACUCUCCUGAGUAUAUCGUCCAAGGAUUACAAUUUGUUUAUUCUGAUUUCUGAGCAUAAUACAAUGCAACAACAAGGAACAACAACGAGUAACAACUCGUCUAGAGCUAGAGAUUAUCGAUACGGAUUCAAAUCUAGAAUGUUUGCAAGUCAGUUCCGCCGCAAAAACCGUGGACAAAAUUUAAGAAAAAAGAAACAAACAGCUAAUGAUGCAGACAAAGCCUUACGCUUAAAAUGUCCGCAUGAUGACUGUGAUAGGUCUUUUCUCGACCAAGUUUUGGUGGAUUUGCAUUUGCAUAAUGAUCAUAAAGAAUUUGUGCCUACAAUAUGUGACUGGGAAAAUUGUGGAAAAAGCUUUGAAACUGCUCAAGCUGCAGAAACACACAAAAAAAGCGUACACUACAAGAAGGCACCACACAAGUGCACAAAAUGUGAGAAAGGAUUUAAUAAAUUUGAAGAUAUAAAAAGUCAUUUCCUACUGACACACACAAAAUGGAAAAAAGACGAAUCAUCGGAAGAUAACGGACGGACGAGCAUUCCCAUUGAUAAAGAAUCCACAUCCGGGACUGAUUGGAGAUCAAACUCUUUUACGCCCAACGUUAGUGAGAAUGAAGAUUCAAGCGACGAUUUUGAUUUUGACAGUUUUUUUGACAAACCCAAGUUGACAACGAAAAAAGUUGAAAUAGUCUUUGAAUGUGAUAGGGAAAAUUGUGGAAAAUGCUUUAAGACUUCUAGUGAACUAGAAAGCCACAAAAAAACCCAUGUGGUUGAGAAUGAUGAUAAAUUACAGAAAUGUACAAAAUGUGAUGCGCGAUUUGAAUCGUUUGAACUUGUGAAAACCCACUUUCUACAUACACACACAAAGUGGAAAAAAGAGGAUGCAUUAGACGAAGACAAAAAUAGUAAAGAUGCUACUGUUGUUAACGAAUAUGGAUCCGAUGAUUGCAAAAACAUGGUUCCAAAGGUUCCAAAAGUUCCAAAAGUUGAAACUAAAGGAGCCGCCGUGAAGAAGAUAAAUAAAAACUAUUCCAAAAAUAUUCAGAAUCGCAAGAAAACUGACAAAUUAUUUAAUACUGUAACUUCGGAGUCGAGCGUAGAAGGUUUUGCAUCUAUGGCUAAUGAUACAAUAUUAAAUGAAAACCAAUCUGUAUCUAAUGCAAACAAUACAGUUGACAAAAAUACAUAUCUUAUAUUUACUGAAGAAGUUAUGCUAAAUUCCGAAAACCCCACGUUCUAUAUUAUUAAGACCAAGCCUAAAGUAGAGGACUCCACUUCUAACGUUCAAGAUAGUUCGCUCUAUCAGCAACUUACCCAAAAUACUGCAUCUAAUAUUAAAAAAAAUAUAACUGUAGCGAAUUUUUCUUCAUCUUUUACUCAACAUGAUAUGUCCAAAGCUAAAUUGGCAAUGUCUUACGCUCAAAACCUUAUAUCUGAUCUCAGAAAGAAUACUUCUAAUGUUGAAAACACUAUGCCUAAAAUUGGAAACGCUACAUCUUUUCAAGCUAAUAUUAUACCUAUUGUGCGAAACAUCACACCGAAUCUUGCAAAUGUUAUACCCAUUGUAAGAAACGUUACACCGAAUCUUGCAAAUGUUGUACCUGUUGUGAGAAACAAUACACCGAAUCUUGCAAAUGUUGUACCUGUUGUGAGAAACAAUACACCGAAUCUUGCAAAUGUUGUACCUGUUGUGAGAAACAAUACACCGAAUCUUGCAAAUGUUAUACCUGGUGUGGAAAGCAAUUCACCGAAUCUUGCAAAUGUUAGACCUGUUGUCGGAAAUAUUAUACCUAAUGAUGAAGAUGUAAGAAAAGAGAUAUCAACUGAUGUUGUAAACGCUAAGCGCGAUGGGGAAAAUGUUACAUCUAAUGUUGCAACUACUAAGCCUUGGGUUAACAAAAGUACAUCUAUGCUUGCAAAUAUUAUACCAGUCAUAAAAAACAUUGUUCCAAACGUGCCAGCUGAAAACAUUACGCCUAACUUUGCGAACACUACCCGGGAGUUUGGCACUUCUACAGCUGAUUUGAAAAAGCCUAUAAGGACGUACGAAAGACGUAACCGCCAAUCCAAUGGAAUCAUCCAAUUGGAUAACGCCAAGCGCAAGGGGGAGUUUAGUAGAAUUCAGAAAUGCGACUGCUGCGGAGACAAAGAGUCCCAAUCGGAUGGUAAUGCCAGUAAACCCACUGCAGAUGAGCCCUACAUUUGCCCAUUCGAAUGUGGAAAAAGAUUUAGCGGCAGACACGAUUUGGAUAGUCACAUACACGUACGGAUACGCAGUAAACCGAUAUUUUUCGAAUGUCAUAUUUGUCGGAAAAGAUUCAUUACUAAGGACUUUUUGCAAAAACACGCCAAAGUUCACGAGAAGGAUCUAUUGGGAAUUCAAGCCAACUCCGAAAAUGACGAUUUUGAAAUCAUUGAAGAGAUUGAAACAGGAGCAUACAUAUGCAGUGAAAACACCGAUGUCACAAAAACGACUUGUCCAAAAAGUGACACCUCUGAAACAACAGAUGAGGACAAUUCCGAAGCCGAAGAUAAUACUAAUCCUACGAGUGAAAUCAGUGAGGAAGACUAUUCUUCUGAAGAAGAAAACAUUACGAAUGACAAUACUGAAGUUCCUGGUUUGGUCGAAGAUGAAGUUUGUUUAGAUUUAGGAGAAAACUUAGACAACACACCAAUAGAUCCACUUUCAGGGAUCAGUAGUUUUGAAGAGGUACCUUUACCUCAGAUAAUAAAAAGAGAAGAAGAAACUACAGAACCCAUGCCUAGAUUAAUAGAUAUAGGAGAAAAGAAUAUGGAAUUUAUACCUUUGCAAGGAAUAAAUACAGAAGAACUUAUAUUACCUACACCUUUAGUAGUAAAUAAUAUAAGAGAUCGGAGUUUGAAAUUUAUGCCUUUGCAGAAAAUGAGAAGAGAAGACAAAGUUAUAGAACAGCUAAUAAAUACAGAAGACUUUGAAGAUCUUAUACCCUCUCAGAUAGUAGGAAUAAGAGAAGACACUACCGAAAUUAUACCUCCUAAGAUAGUAGAAAUAAGAGAAGACAUUAUCGAAGUUCUGCCCUCGGCGAUAAUAGAAGGACAAGAUGAAGAUAUAGAAUUAAAACAUGUACCUGAACAGGUGAUGAGUACGGAAGAAUAUGAAGGAUCUAUAACCAAUCAAAUAUUAAAUGUUAGAAGAGAUAGUAUGGAAAUUAUGCCUUUGGAGAGAAUAAAAAGAGAAGACGAUAAUGUAGAACUUAUACCUGAAGCUGAACAGAUAAUAAAUACGGAAGAAGGUAUAGAUGUGAUCCCAGCAAAAAGACUAAAAAGAGAAGAAGAUUAUAUGAAUUUAGCAGAUGCUGCAGCUGUAUUACCAAGUUUGUUAGAGAAUAGAGUUCUGCAAGUUCGUUUAGAGAGAUUACCAUUUUUUACUUAAAUAAUAACUAGGAAUUUCGAACGUAUAGAGCGCGCAAAACAAGUAGUCCAAUCUGAACAUCAGGCGUAGGACUGCCAAUUGUACAAAAAACCAGCCAAGUGUAAGUCAGACUCGCGCACCAAGGGUUCCGUACACGGAUAUUUUUCCGACAUUAAAAACUAUCUCAGCCAGGCGUAUUUCAUUCUUAGUCUAUGACUUGCGCAAUCGGUUUGAAAUUUGGCAUGCAGAUAGCCAUUACGACGUAGACAUACGCUAAGAAAGGAUUUUUGGAAAUUCAACCCCUAAAUUAAGGUAAAAUAGGGGUUUGAAAUUUGUGUAGUCUACACAGACAAAGUUGUGCGCAUGAGAUAGUGAUUUACAAAUUAAAUGGCUAGUGAUUUACCAAUUAAAGGGCAUGUAUUAAGAACAAGUUUCGAUAAGGAUACGCGAAUUAGGCUAUAUUUUCUCGACCUAGAUUUUUUUUUAUACAUUAUGUAUAUUUAUAGCCAUAGUAUGGUGGAUAUUUUAAUGACUGCAGAGUUCUACGUUUUAACCGACUUCAAAAAGAGGAGGAGGUUCUCAAUUCGUCAGAAUCCUUUUUUUUUUAAGUUAAUUCUUUGAGGUGUAUUAUUGAACCUAUUAUGUAUGUAGUAUGCAAUUACAUUGUUUAUAUAAGCACAUAUCUUAAUCCUGAUUAUAAAUUCAAAAUGUAUACUUUUAUUCACGUACAGUGUACAUCUUUAAUAAACAAAAAUUAAAUCACCGUUUUGUUAGCAAAAUAGUAUGUACUUAAGGGGCAUGAGACGGGUCUGCCCGCGAAAUUCAAAUUUUCUUUUUUUUUUUUCGCAAUUUGUAAACUAAUACGACAACGUAGGCUUAUGGUAUUUUAAUUGCGCCGAUGGCAGUAUCA